CAAAAAUUAAUUUUAAUUUUAAAUUUUUAAUUUAAUACUUUCGUAUAAUUCGAUAUUUUUGUUAUAAUAAAACAAAAAAAAAAUAAAGAAAAUAAAUAUUUUUAAUCCGUUUAAGGAUCUAUACUAAAGACUGAUAUUAAGUGUUAUUGUUAAUCAUUGAGAAAUAAAAAGACAAAAUUUUUAAUAAUUUAUUGUAAGUGGAAAUUGAAUUGCCAAGAAUUAUUCAAUGGCUCUAGAUUUUGUAGCUGGCUGUUUGGGAGGUUGUGCUGGUGUUCUUGUUGGUCAUCCAUUCGAUACAGUUAAAGUUCAUCUUCAAACACAGGAUGCGAAACGACCAUUAUACAGUGGAACAUUUGAUUGUUUCAAGAAAAUUGUUGCCAAAGAUUCAUUUGGAGGUUUAUAUCGUGGUAUAACAAGUCCUUUAUCAGGUGUUGCUCUUGUCAAUGCUAUUGUAUUCGGUGUUUACGGAAAUGUUCAAAGAAAUUCAAAUAAUCCUGAAUCAUUGAAAUCGCAUUUUAUAGCUGGUUCAUUAGCUGGUUUAAUUCAAAGUUUAGUAUGUUCUCCAAUGGAAUUAGCAAAAACACGAAUUCAAUUACAAGCUGAUGUUGCCGGAGCUAUAAAACAUAAAGGACCUUUACAAUGUUUAAAAUAUAUCCGAAAAACUGAAGGUAUAAGAGGAGUUUAUAGAGGAUUGGGUAUUACAGCAAUGAGAGAUGUUCCUGGUUUUGCAAGCUAUUUCGUCUCAUAUGAAUUAAUGAUGGGAAAAUCAGAAAAUCCAUCAGCUUUUCGUACAUUAAUGGCUGGUGGUUUAGCUGGUACUGUAUCAUGGAUGUUAACAUUUCCGAUUGAUGUUGUAAAAUCAGCAUUACAAGCUGAUGGUAUGAAUGGUACAUUAAAAUAUAAUGGAUUAUUUGAUUGUAUUAGAAAGGGAUAUCAAGCUGAAGGAUAUUCAUUUUAUUGUCGAGGAUUAGCAUCAACUUUGUUGAGAGCAUUUCCAAUGAAUGCUGCAUGCUUUUUUGUUGUUGCUUGGAUUAUGCGUAUGGCACAGAAAGUCAAUUUAAAUUUCGAUAUUCAUCCAGUAGAACCAUUAGCUAUUGGUGUCGGUUCAACACCAAUCGGUUAUCCAAGCCAUUAUAAUGCAUACCAUCAAGAAAUUGAACACAAACGAAAAAGAAAUUUCAUACGAUGUAUGGUAUUUCUUGGAGCUUUUAGUGAAGCAGUUUGUGAUACAGAAAUCAUUGAGUUGGUUAAUGAAAAUAGAGAAUUGAAUUAAUUUUUAAUUAUAAGAGUAGAAAUUAAAAAUCAAAAGAAAAUUAUGUUUAAAUAGUGUGUAAAAUAAAAUUAAUAUAGCUAUAUAGAGAUAUAUUUAUAUAAAGAAAAAGAAAAAUGAAAUUUUUCUAAAAGAAAAUGAUAAUUUAAGUGAGAUUAUGUACAAAGUACGCAUGCAAACCAAGUGUAUAUUUUUAAAUAUUAUUUUUAAGAUUUAUGUUAGGAGGAUUAACACAUAGGAUAUAAAAGUAAAUUUAAAGAAAAAAAUACUCAAAAUUAUAUUUUGAUAAUUUUAUGAAGAUUUUUAUAUGUUACUGUUAUUAUAUUUAUAUUUAUUAAAAAUAAAAUGAAGUAGUACAAAGUAA